GCCCGCAUUCUGCGACUCUCAGGAGGUAGCUUCUCACAGAGCCGCUUUCCCCUGAACGCUCUCGGUGAGCACAACUCAGAGCUGCUACAGCAGCCUCAAAAGCAACAUACAGCAUAUUCAGGGGAGCAAGCCCCCUCGGUCCUGAAAGCACGCGUCCGCCUCCAACCGGUAAUGCUUGGUAACGCGAGGCCACCUCAGUCCUCCGCUAAGCCCAGCUGCACCCGCCUCCACCACCCCAAGGCCUUCGGAGACUUCGGGGUCACCGCACAACAUCUUCCUCAGGGCAGCUCUUGCUCCUUAGGAAUAACAGGGCAACUGGCAGGGAAGCACCGAGCGAACGCAUGGUCACAGGGACUCCGCCCCCCAGAACCCGCGCACACUCCAGCCAGCCUCUGACCGCCUCCCCUACCGUUGUUGUGCCAAACAUUACGACGCCUGACGCCACAGACCAUAGGAGCCGCUUGUCCAGCCCGUCAGAGUGGUCUUCCGAACCGUCUGCAGGGACUUCUGCUUCCAGCCAGUUGCCCACUGAAAGGGCCACCCGACCUGAAGCCCCAGUGACCCGGGAGCGUUCCUCACCUCCAAGCGGUAGCUUGCCACAGGCCACCAGUACUAUGCAAAGCCCGUCUGCGCCCACAUCCACAGCCCCAAGGCCUUCGGAUUCCUUUGGGUCGGCAACAUCUCCUCAAGGCGGUCCAGUUCCAGGAACAGAAAGGGCAGGAAGCACCGAGGGAGCCAUUGUCACGAGGACCGCCCCAGAAUCCGGCGUACGCUCUAGCCAGCCUUUGUCUGCCUCCACCAUCCUUGUGCUUUCAGACGUCACGAAACCUGACAUCACGGACCAUAUAAGCCGCCUGUCUACAAUGCCAGAGUGGUCUUCAGAAAUGUCUGUAGGGAGCUCUGCUUCGAGCCAGUUCCCCCCUGAAAGCGCCACGCUAUCUGCCCCCAGCAACACCGAAGCACGAAUUACCAGCGAGGGUCCCUCAACCCCUCAUCCCACCCAAACGGAGUUCAGCAGCUUUCUACGUUCUACAUCCAUUCAACAUUCUGGCACCGGGCAGGUACCUUUGACAUUCAGUCCGGGGUCCGUCUCCACGCACUCCGGCCGCAGCAGCACGCGCUCGGUGAUCUCAGAGGAAGCUUCUACGGAGCCGCUUUCCCCAGGGCCUUCGAGCGGGACUCAGGGAGGCUACAGCCCCUCAAAAGCGACAGCAUAUUCGGAUGAGCCAAGCCCCCUCGGUCCGGAAAGCAUGUCAGCUCCGACCAGUAGCUGGCCGCGGGCCACCGGUACUCUGCAAAGCCCAGCUGCACCCGCAUCCACAACCCCAAAGCCUUCGGAGACUUCGGGGCCAGCAACAUCUCCUCAGGGCGGUCUUGCUCCAGGAACGCAACUGGCAGGAAGCACCGAGGGAACGAUGGUCACGAGGACCGCCCCGGAAUCCGGCGCACACGCCAGCCAGCCUUUGACUGCCUCCACCUCCGUUGCUCUGUCAGACGUUACGGAGCGUGACACCGCAGGCCAUACCAGCAGCUCGUCUGGCGCGUUGGAGUGGUCUUCAGAAACGUCUGCAGGGACUUCUGCUUCCAUCCAGUUCCCUACUGACAGUGUUACCCGAUCUGUCAGCAAGAAUACCGAAGGACAUAUUACCAGGGCAGGUUCCUCAACCCCUUAUCACAGCAAUAUGGGUUCCAGCUGGUCUCUUAGUGCUACAUCUAUUAAGCCUACUGUAAAUGGCCAUAGUCCUUGGACUCUUACACCAGAUUCCCUCUCCAUUGAAUCGCGCAGGACCACUCUGCCUUCUGUGAUCUCAGUGUCUGCUGCUACAGGUCCAGUUUCAUCGUGGCCUUCUAGCAGUACCCUGAGUUUCAUGAACCUUUCAAAAACUACUGAAUCAUCACAAAGUCCCCGACCCUUGGUUCAUUUGAGCUCGGUAGUAUCAGCUAGCUAUUUAUCUGAAGGCACACGGUAUGUUAAAAGUGGAGAUGCAGCCACCUCCCAAGCCUCAAGGCCUUGCUCCAUACCUGAUUUCCACAUUCAGCUUGAGGAGGUAACCAGCCAAGUCAUAGAAUUCAGUUGGAGUCUUCAGAAUGACAGAAAAGAUGGUCCUUACAUGGUGACUCUAAUGGUAGAUAACAGAAUUAUCAAUGAAACAAUCACAGACCACACAAGAAUGGUAUUUCGAAACCUUUCUCCAGGUUAUCAAUACACAAUAACUGUGGAGGUGAGGAGCUGUGCCAAGAUCAACACUUCCAUUACAGUCUGGACAGAUGCCAUAGCAUUCAGUGGAACAACCAGGAUUACAAAUGAAGUAUACAAACCUCAAUAUAGCAACAAAUCAAGCUCCGAGUUUCAGAAUUUUCAGAAGAUGUUUGUCAAAGAGAUAAGAAACCACCUGCCAUCUACAUUAAUAGAUUUGGCAGAUUCUGGAAAACUUUGUAUCACAGUCAUUGACUUAAGAGAAGGUAGUGUGAUUGUGGCCUUCAACAUCAAUAUGGCUACUGAUCAAAAUACAACCUACUCUGAGGUGGAAGAUGCAGUCACUGAUGCAUUAAGGAAAAGCACAGCUCUGAAAGUAGAUCCCAAUAGUACUUCUGUGCGAGUGAUCCCUCUCUGUGAGUUGGGAAAUAAUUAUUGCUCUGAAUAUGCCAACUGUCUAUCAAAUGGAGAAACAGCUUCUUGUCAAUGUAGGCCACAAUUUGAAGAUCAAAAUCCUUUGGUGCCAGGCAAAACAUGCACAGACAUCAAUGAAUGUUCUAAUAAAAUGGAUGACUGUUCCAACUUGGCUUCAUGUAUCAACACAAUAGGCAGUUAUGAGUGUCACUGUUAUUCAAGCAUGAAAGAUAUGAAUCUAACAAAUCCUGGAAGAAUGUGUCAAGAUCCCACUGUGUGUUUUAACCGGACUGAUUUUUGCUCACUGCCUACAAAUAAGUGCCUUGACAAACAAUCCUACAUCUGUUCAAGCAAACAAGCGUUUGCUUGCCGCAUUUUAUUCAAAAACUGGAAUUUCAUAUUUCCUGAUCUUUAUAACUCUGAAAGUGAGACCUAUAAGAAUCUGUCUGAUAGGAUCGAAAAAACGGUUUUUAAAGGAAUGACAAGUAAGCUUGGAGGUAACAACUUUGACAUCAUAAUGGUUGGAUAUCAAAAUGGAAGUUUGAUUGCAUAUUUUGUACUUCUAAUACAUGGCCAACAGUUCAUCGAAGAACAAAAUCUUACAGCAGAUUUAACAGACGUGAUCCAGACCAUGCUUGAUAACCAAACUGACCUAACAGUGAGAGCAAUUUCAGUUUCAGCAAUAUCUACUCAGAAACCUGUAAAAGAAGAUCUAACCUGGAAAACAGCCGUAAUUGUCCUUGGAGUGCUCUUUGGCAUCAUGUUAAUAUUUCUCUUGGUAAUAAUUUUUGUAUGUCAUUAUAUGAAAAGUAGAUCUGGCAGAUAUGAUAUUGAGCCUCAAGGGCUAAUGGGAAAGUUUGCAUAUCGAUAUUUGUAAGCAUUCACCUUGCUUUCUAAGUGAGCACUUAAUAUCCUACAGGUACAUCUGAAAACAGUCAAGCCUAAGCAGGAACAAAAAAUGGACAUUGGUAGAUCAUUUAUGUAUGUCUAAAAUAGAAAAGUGAUGUGUCAAUAGAAUUCCACAGAAUGUUCAAGAGUAGUAUAAAACCUGAAGUGAUUUGCUCUAGUUUGCAACUUCACAAGAUAACAUUGACAAUUUGACGUGUGCUUACUUUCGCACACAUCUGAAUAUUAGAAUAAUAGUCCUAGCCCCACACAACCUGCAACAUAUUUCUGAUCUCCUAGCACAAAGAUUCUGUGUAGAAUGUACCAAACUUCUCUCUACUUCUAUAAAACAGCUGCAGUACGCCUGGUCAUUAAAACCUUGUGCAUUAAAACCUUUAAGAAUGAGAAACAUUUACAGGGGAGCAAGAACGAAAAAGUUAUUUAAGAUGCAUAUUCUUUUACAAGGCUAUUCUAUUCUCUGAAUCACUCCUGUUAAAAGUCUUAGAAAUUCAUGUGUUUUGUACAGGUUUCAGCUGUAUGCUAUGUGAGGAUGUGAGUAUCUGUAUGUGAGUAUUUACCCACUGUUUGGAUGGUAAAUGGCAGGAUCACUUCUUGGAAGGAAAAAAAAGCAAUGGCCAACAUUUGUUCCUCCACCUUCCAGCCAGGCAGUCAUUGUAGAAAUGUGCAACAGUUGCUCAGAUCCAGUCCAGCAAAUAGGAAUUGUGAAUGCACAAUUUUCUCUCUGCCAUGGCAAGUUUUUCCCAUGCAGAAUGUCCAACCUUACUUUGUGUGUGUAUGUGUGUGCGCGCGCGCGCGUGUGUAUUGUGUGUGUGUACCGUAAUGAUUCAGCUGUAACUGAAAUACUUGUGAUGUAUCUGAACAGAAUGUGUAUGAUAUUUAUUUUAAAUCUUCUGUAAGUACAAUUCUUGAUGUUUUCCAAAUAUGCAAAAAUAAUUUAUUUUUACUAUGU